CGGCUGAUCUUGUCCUAUCUGCAUCAUUCUCACAGCCGGCUUCAAGACUCCAAACCGUUGCUACAGCUCGCUCCAACGCCGCAUCACCCUUCAAAAUGCUUGUCAAGAGUGUCCUCGCCAGCCUUUCGGCCGCCACCAUGGCAUUGGCCGCCACUCCCCUUGAGAGCGGCAACUGGGUCGCCUUCACUCCCGGCUUCCAGCUGCAGACCUGCGCCGGCGGCAGCGCCAGCGGCAACACCUUCAGCAUUCCUACGAGCCCCAACGGCAGCACCUCAGGUUCUGGCUGUUCCAAUGGCCACCUGCGUGCCGAGAACCGCUACACCGACGAUUAUACCUCCGGUGUCCACCAGUUCGCCGGUACCUUCAAGAUCAACUCCUUUGGCGGCAACCGCGUUGCCAUCAAGCAGACCUUCAAUGGCAGCACCGGCCCCUACUUCAUCCUGGGCGUUCAGAGUGACGGCACCCUGUACAGCGUCGAGGGCGGUGCCGUUCUGGCUUCCGGCGUUGCCAAGGUUGGCUCAAGCAUCACCAUCAACACCGUCCACAAUGCGGACAUUCACAGCUUCAGAGUCUACGUCAACGGCGCGUUGGCUUUCCGUGAUGACAAUGCUCCCUCCGGAAGCUUCUACGACAAGAUUGGUGCUUACACCACUGACAGCGGCACUGGCCCUCUGAGCAUCACCUGGUCUGAUGUUGGCUUCUGGACUCGCCAGUAAGCGAUGAACUUAUAGACCGUUGUUAGGGGGAGGGAGAUACUCUUGAGAGUGAAUUUUCUUUGUAUAUCUGUUGAAAAAUCUGUACAUGCACUAUUUAAGCGGGAUGAUAAUAUCUGGCUUCAUGUGCUUAUUCCGUAUAUAAACGACUUGAUGAUUUAGCAGUCA